GCACCAAGACAAACACAGCGGCAAAUAGGAAUUGCGAGAAAGAAGUUUUGUUUCACAGGAUUUGAAGGAAAAAACCACAGCAAACAGGCUCCGGGAAAGACUUUUGAAAUCCGCUGAUACUGAACUCUUGCUGGACUUUCACUAGUUUGUUUCCUUUGCUCUCCAUCCUCGAGUGAUUUUCCUUUUUUUUUUUAAAUUUGGAAACACUGUUUAAGAGAGACUACAAGUGCCCGAUUUGAUGCAUGCUCUCUGCUGACACUGACUUUUGUUGAUUACCCAGAGACUGUGUUUCUGUAAGCGGCCGGUAAGCUCACUUUUUUCCUACGACUUUAUGUCUACAAAGAUGGAACAGCCUUUUUAUCAUGACGACUCUUUUCUGUCGGCUUACGGCCACUCAGACGCGCCAAUGCACGACUGCAAACUGAUAAAGCAGAAUAUGAAUUUGAACUUGACAGAGCCCUAUCGCAACCUGAAAUCCCAGCUGAGAGCCGAGACAGACCUGUACCACGGGGGCCAGCAAGACGUGGGGUCCCUGAAGCUCGCAUCCCCAGAGCUCGAGAAGCUCAUCAUCCAAAACAGUAACGGUGUGAUCACCACUCCCACCCCGGGCCAGUACUUCUACAACCGGGGCAUCACCGAUGAGCAGGAGGGCUUCGCUGAGGGUUUUGUGAAAGCAUUGGACGAGCUCCACAAGAUAAACCAGAUGCCCCCCCCUAACGUGUCCAUCGGAGCCGGUGGAGUUACGACGUGUUCGCCGGCGGCCUCUAGCGUCUUCGGCUCCGCCUUGCAGCCCGAGCCCCCCAUCUACACAACACUGAACGCCUACUGCCCGAACACAAACUUAUCUUCAUCAUCCAGCUACCCCACAGCCACCAUCAGCUACCUGCCGCCGCACCAGCAGAGCCACCACCAGCAGAGCUCGAUGCACGGCGCGCAUGCUUUCCAGCAUACCCUCCCCGUCUCCGGACUCCAUCCGCAGCGGCUGGUCUCUCUGAAAGAGGAGCCUCAGACCGUGCCCGACCUCCUCAGCAGCGACGGCUCGCCUCCGAUGUCCCCGAUUGACCUGGAGACCCAGGAGAGGAUCAAGGCGGAGCGCAAGAGGCUGAGGAACCGACUAGCCGCUACCAAAUGCCGGAGGCGCAAGCUCGAGCGCAUCGCGCGGCUGGAGGAGAAGGUGAAAGUUUUGAAGAACGACAACGCGGGGCUCUCCAACACGGCGUCGGUGCUCCGGGAUCAGGUGGCUCAGCUCAAACAGAAGGUCCUGACACACGUGAGCAGCGGCUGCCAGCUGAUGCUCACGAGCAAGCUGGAGGCGUUCUAAACACACCAGAGACUACUACUAAGAAGAAAAAAUGACUGAAAAGUGAUAACACUGGAGUCAUGUUCUGCAUGCGCAGCACUGGAAUUACCGGCUCGUGUGUAGUCAGCAUCACAGGGCCAAGGGCCAGGUGUGGACGAUACUAAAGGCUGUUUUUGGGUGAAAAGACUGAUUGUAAUGGUACUUCCGGAUGCUGGACACUCCUCACAGGACCAUUCAACCCUAGAAUCCAGGGCAGCAUCCAAACUGAGCAGACACUGAGCAACACAGUGGGCACACAUGCCCAUAAGUCGGGUUUACUAAUGGUAGAAAAUGGGAAUGAUUAUUUGUUUUACUUUGUACCAUCUUCCUUUUUCAUUUUGUUUAGUUUUUUGUUUGUUGGCUGCAUUUAUUCAUUGUGUAAAUUAUUUCAUGUGUCCGGUUGAUCCAGACAAACUGAUGUCCAAUGUUUACAGUGUCUCUUUUUAAAAAAAAAUAAUUUGUGUUGUAUAUUUAAGUAAAGUGUCUCAAAAAUGAAAAAUGAAA